CAGCGGCUCAGCCCCGCCUCCAAGAGCUGCGGGCGGGGGCGGCACUGCGCUUAUUCCGGGCCGGGACCCACUCGGCGUGGAGCUUCAUACUGCUGCGGGCAGGACAUGAUAGAUAGAAGAGAAUCCUGUGCCAGAACAGAUACCUAUGACCUACCUAAGCUACUUUGCUUGUGUGCUGGAAGAAUGGUCUGCUGUGGAGUACCUGAAGAAAUAUUUUUUCCACGUGGUCAUCAUAUCAAUGACAAUUAGUACAAUAUUAGUUUUUUUUAUAGUUCCUUUAACAAUUCUCUUUUUCAUUUACCUUACUAACGUCUUGCUUAUAAUAUAUCAGAGGAAUAGCGAGGUAAAAGCAGAUCCCUUGAGUGAUGUUUGGGAUAGUGCAAGGAAAACUGUGGCAAGCUUCUGGGAUAUAUAUGCAAGAAUAUGGCAUGGUUAUGAACUUCAUGGUGUGGAAAACCUACCAGAAGGACCAGGCAUUGUUGUUUAUUAUCAUGGAGCUAUUCCGAUAGACUACCUCUACUUUUUAUCUAGGCUAUUUCUCUGGAAGAAGAGACUUUGUCUGUCAGUAGCUGAUCAUUUUGUCUUUCGUUUACCAGGGCUUAAAUUAUUACUAGAAGUGACUGGUGUCAUGCCAGGUACAAGGGAGGUGUGUCUCAGUGCGCUGAAGAAUGGACACUUGGUGUCUAUUUCACCAGGUGGAGUUAGAGAAGCCCUGUUCAGUGAUGAAAGUUACCAGCUCAUGUGGGGAAAUCGAAAAGGCUUUGCUCAGGUUGCUCUAGAUGCAAAAGUGCCCAUCAUUCCAAUGUAUACUCAGAAUGUCCGGGAGGGAUAUAGGAUGUUUAAAGAACGAAGAUUUUUCAGACAAUUGUAUGAAAGUACUCGACUGCCAUUCACUCCUCCGUAUGGAGGCCUUCCAGUUAAAUUUCGCACAUAUAUAGGGGAGCCAAUACCUUAUGAUCCAAAUAUAACUACGGAUGAAUUGGUUGAAAAGACAAAGACUGCAGUCCAGGCUCUAAUAAAGAAGCACCAGACAAUCCCAGGCAGCAUAUGGAAGGCUUUAUUGGACAGAUUUGAUAAACGUUGUAAAAGUGAUUAGAAUACUUAAGUUUAUUUUACUGUUUUUACAGCCUGCAGUAAAAGAUAAUGUCCUACAACAGCAAUGACUAAUUGAUGUUUAACCAGUUUAAUUUACAAGUUUCUAUAGUCAACAGAAGAAAGCAAACAACCUCUUGAAGAUUCCCCUCUUUAAGCUCUUUUUCUUUUUGAGAGUAUUCUUGAAGUCAGGACAAGUGGGCCCUUCAAUAGGAAAACGUACACAUAAUAGGCAACGCAAGUACUAAAUUUCCCAAAAGGAGAUCAUGUAGCCAGUAUGCGACAGGUUCCUAAGACAAAUAUUUACACGUAUCCGAUGGGCUCAAAAGUUUUGCCUGGUUCUUUGGGUUUUAAGAAUUUUCUAUUUAAGCCAGGUAUUAGACUCAUACAGCAGCUUAAACGUAAGAAUUCUGCAUUCAGUACUUUGCUCUGAUGGAGAGAAGUCUUCUAUCCCCUUGGUACGAUGGAGGGAGAGGUCCCCUUUCCCUUUUAUAAGAUGAAAACUCUGGCUAGCUCUGGAGAAGAAAUAACAGUGACAGAAAUACCUGAUUCAGAUUCUAACUACAGUUUGAAGACAAAGUUUUAUACUCUCAAAUAAGGAAAAAAGGCUUCAGUUAAGUGUAGCACUAUGCAAAUGCAUGUAGUAGUACUUUCAAGUCUGUGUUGGUACAUUCAUGCACUAUUGCACCACGCAGUACAGAUGUGGUGCUGCUUGGAAAGUAGAUGUGCAAGCAGUGUCGCUUUCCUAAUACAGCUUUCAGAAUACUGAGUCUUAGUUGUAAAACAGAAUGUGUUUUUACAAGCUAGGGGAUGUUGCUAUUGUUGGGAGUGGGAGAGCUUUGUGUAAUUCAUUAAAAUUAAUUCAUUAAAAUUAAUUCAUUAAAAUUAAUUCAUUGAAAGCAACCAAGUCUGUUAACUUUGGACACGAAGGAAAGUCAUUUUUUGUUCCUCAGUGUUUUUUUAUUGUUCUCUUAAUACCUAUGUAAUCUUUUCCCUCAACAUCCUAAAAUUUUAUGUAGCAUCUAAGAAAAUGUAUAUAUGAGCUUAUUGUCACUAGAAAUCUAAAUGUACUCUUGGGAUUCAAAUAAACCUCUCCUCUUCUUGUA